AUGACGCACAAUGUCGCUUCUCAGACGACGGAUUAUGUUGCGGACAACCUGGAGCAGACGACCGGGUCAAGCGUUGUCAAGAACUUGACCGUCAUGGAAGCGUUUCAACUCCUACGUCAGACGAUGCUAGCCAAAUUGACCCUACGACGCAAAGUCCCGCCUAAAUACUACUCGGAACACAACAGCUCAAUAUCGUUGUCGUUCGAACCUCUACAGAUUGUUGAAGUAGAAGGGAUCACCCAAGCCGUGACCUUGUCUUCUAUUCUGACCUUGACAUGGAACGACCCGGAAGUCGUAUGGAACCCCAGCGUCUACUCGGGUAUCGUCGACAUCAAACUUUCGUCGGAAAAUUUUUGGUCGCCUUCGAUCAUCAUUCCCAAAACGACCUUGGGUACGGACUUGCACGUGCCGUUUCCGGACGUCGUAGACAUCACAUACAGCGGCGCCAUCUUGGCUUCAGUACCGACCUUCGUCAGCACGCUGUGUAACUUGGAUAUGACGUACUUCCCUUUCGACCAGCACAACUGCAGUUUCGUCUUCAUUGAGGAGCACUUCUACAACAUGACGUCGUUUCGCCUACCCCCAACGGAUAUCCAAUCCUACUUUGGAACAAACGGCGAUUGGAUAAUGGGCAAACAUGGAUGUGUGGCGAAAAUGUCUCACAUUUCGCCAAAUUUCCAGUACGUCAUCUGCAACAUCGAAAUGAGCCGACGUAGUAUAUUCUACGUCAUAAAUCUGAUUUUCCCCAUGGCGAUGACGUCAGUCAUGACGUUGGCGGUUUUUUGUAUCCCGGCGAAAAGCGGGGAGAAGAUCGGAUUCGUCUUGUCCAUGUACACGUCGACUUCCGUUUUCUUGAGCUAUAUUGUUGAACGGGUGCCUAAAAACAUGGACAAGACCCUGCCUCGCAUCAACAUCCUUCUGCUCGCCAUAGUCGUCCAGGUCAUACUCGCCACUGUGGCGACGGUAUUCGUACUGUACCGAUACAAACAACAACUUACACGGAAGAAACGCAAGGAAUCGGAAUCGACUCGGUCCAGGGCGGACGCAACUACCAACAACGAAAACGCAAAAGCUGAAAAAAAUUCGAAAAAUAUGAACCAGAAAAAUCAACAGAAUAAUAUUGUGAGCGAUUUUUCUGAAAAGGAACAAAACAUAAAACCAAAACAGAUUUCGAUCGUUAACAAUGACGUCGAUAGUAACGGGAAAAAUUCCUCGACGUGCGAUGAAAAAUGUAAAAACUUGAAUUCGAAAUUUAACGAUAAAAACUCCGAUCCCGUCAAGACUGACCUCGGGGAUCAAUACAACACAAAGGUCAAGGACGAAGGGGGAUUCUGGGACCGCCAGCUGACGCAUGACGAACUGGACACAAUUUUCUUCGUCGUCUUAUCGUUACUCACCGUUCUCGUCUACGUCAUCGUCUAUCUUUACUGA